AUGGCUGGGACUGGCACGGCGAAUUCUACGCUCAUGGAGGUUAAAAAUAAUGAUGUGACGCCCAGCGCCGUAGUGGCAAAGCCAUGCCACAAUUGCAGACGCCGAAGACUCAGAUGCGAUCGUUCCUUGCCGUCUUGUCAAAAGUGCAUUAAAAAGGGUGAAAAGUGCCUUGGGUAUGGCAAGCUGCUUGUCUGGAACCGAGGCGUGGCAAGUCGUGGGAAGAUGAUGGGCAAGUCGUUCGAUGUGCCUGCGGUUCCGGCCCAGGAACAAGCUACGGCUUCAGCAACGCCCGGACACCAGGAACUUUCCCUGCCCCGGAAGUACCGGUUUGUACCGAGCAAUGUGUCGGAGAGCGAUGCUGUCAACGACGACGAAACCGAGGUGUCCAUAAGCCCCUGCCUGGUUGAUCCGCUCUUCCAAGAUCUCGAUCGUACAUCCCGAUUCUACAUCUCGCACUUUCUAGUUACGGACCAGAUGUGCCGUGAUCUUGUAACAUAUGACGUUCCCAGGCACAACCCUUAUCGUGGCAUUGUUCCACUGAUUCGGGACCAUGCACUCUUGCUUCACGUCAUCAUUGCGAAUUCUGCAAUUCAUAUCUCCAACGUGCAGUCGAAAGGCUCGGCCCAGUUAAAUGGACUUCCCCGCCAACAUCCUCAUCAUGAUGCACUGAUGGCUAAGCAGAAAACACUCCAGCUUCUCAACAAGGCCAUGAAUGAUAUAAAUGCAGUAGAUCCAGAGGUGAUACUCACGGCCAUACUCCUCUCCAUCAACUAUGAGCUCGUGAGCUCAGGAAAGGAUGACUGGAAGGUGCAUGUGGAGGGUGCUCAGAAACUCAUAGAUUACUUUGGCAUGUCGAGACGCUCCGACUUAUCCUCCGCGAUGAGUGCGUUGCGCGAUCAUGUCGUAUCCGAUUGCCUCAUCUAUUACAUACUCGGCUCUACCUUCUCGGCUCGAAGACCGAAUAUGGGGACCGCAAGUUACCCGUUUCUUGAUGUAUUGCCAUUGCUCGAGCGUGCAGAGGCAAACAGUUACAUGUCAUGCCCUGCAUUUCUCCUACAGAUAAUGCUUUCGGCCUCCCAUCUGUCUAGCCUGGAUAAGGUGACGGCUUUUGAGCAAGAGCAGGCUCUCAACCUCAUAGAGAAGGCUAGAGGCUUUGAUAUCAAUGCUUGGGCAGCUUCCGUGCAAGGAAUUUCAUCCACCAAUGAUUUCGAAAGCCGUGUUCAUGUAGCAUCGGCACAUAAAUUAGCGGUGUGUCUCUAUAUUCACCAGGCUGUUCCUUCUGCGCGCUUGAUGGAUAAACACAGCAGCAAGGCCACUGUUGAAGAUAUCAUUGGUCAUCUUUCUUUUAUCCUUCCUGGAAACCUGCUUCUCAAGGGCACUUCUUGGCCCACUUUCAUAGCUGGUGCUGAAACUCACGAUCCAACUCACCGGGCCUGGAUUGUGGCGCGUCUUCAUGCCUUAUGGGAGAUGUUGCCAUGGGGCUAUGUCCACACUGCAAUCGAGAUGCUGAAAACGAUAUGGUCAAUGGAAGACUUGGCUACGGACACAACUGGUGGAUGGCUCCAGAAGCUGAAGGCCUUGGGAAAUGACUGGAUUGUUGUUUGA